AUGCUCAAACAACUGACGAAAUUGCCUCUGAACUCCCGAGUAGGAGUGGUAGGUGCCGGUAUGUCAGGGCUUAUGUUCACGUACACGCUCGGGAAAUUGAGACCCGAUGUAAAUAUUACGCUGUUUGAAAGGAACAAGGGGAAAGUUGGCGGAUGGGUGAACUCGUGGGACACCGUGGACCAGAAUGGAGAUCCCAUAAUGUUCGAGAGAGGGCCCAGAACGCUGAGGGGUGUCUCGGACGGUUCAGUCCUCAUGAUAGACACGCUGAAGGAACUUGGGAAGACGAAUAAGUUGAAGUGCAUAGAGAAGACAGCCGAUGCGAACAAGAAGUUCAUCGCAGACCCUAACGAUAACCUAGUGCAGGCACCAAACUCGUUUCUGUCGUUCUUGAAGUUUUCGGCCAGUCCACUGGGGAAGGGUCUGUUUAGUGCCAUCCUGCUGGAAUGGGCGAGGAAACCGUGCGAGGACCUGUUCAAGGACGAGUCCGCAGAGUCGCUUGUCAGGAGACGUUACGGGAAUGACUUCAUCGGCAACAACAUUUUGAGUGCGAUCUUCCGCGGGAUAUACGCGGACGACCUGUCCACUUUGAGCGCAAAGAAAGUGCUCUCCAAACUAUACAACGACGAAAGGCUGUACGGAUCGACGUGCAAGGCACUGUUAGUAAAAUGGAAGAACAGGAGAUUGUCAGGGUCCAAUUACGACUGCCCUGUGCCAAGACUGACAGAUACGAUCCUAAAGUACAAGGACGCAUUCAGGAAGGACGAGAACGAACUGUACCUUUUGUCAAGGCAUUUGAAGAAGUACCCAAUGUUGUGUUUCGACGGUGGUCUGAGUACUUUCCCCAACGCGGUAAAGGAUGCCGUUGACAAGAUGAAGAACGUCACUGUGAUUAGGGACAACGUCUCCAACGCGCACUACAAAGACGGUAAACUGUCUGUGGAGGUUGAGGGACAUAAACCCCAGGAGCUGGACCACCUGCGGUUUUCAGUCGCACCAGACAGCAUCGAAGCCGUACUUGGUGGGUCGAAUAAAGCUUUAAGCAAGAAAUUCAAAGAGUUGGAGUACUUGACCAUCGCAUUGGUCAACUACUACCUGCCCAACAAGGACAUCAUCGAGAAGAAGUACCACAGUUUCGGCUACCUGAUCCCCAAAUCGAACAAAAACCCGGGCAAAGUCCUCGGUGUCAUCUUUGAUUCGAUCAUCGAAAAGAACGCCAAGCCGCUGUUUGAACCAUCCCAAGGGGGUCAGUCCGGCAACCUAGCAAGGGGGAAGGAGUACACGAAAAUGACCGCCAUGGUCGGCGGUUACAUGUUCAACGACCCAAAGACAAGGAAACCCGUAGUUCCACCGGAAUCGGCGACGAUCGCAAACGUGAGAGACGCAUUCAAGAAACAUUUGCACAUCUCAGAGAAGGACCUGGAUGCGGGUCUGUGGCAGUACACGCUCGCGGAAAACAGUCUUCCACGGUACAGCGUUGGCUACUGUGACUGGUCUGCCGCUGCACAGUCCAUGGUCACCAAGGACUACGAUGGGAAAGUGUCCCUCGGUGGGAUCGGCUUUGCAAAGAGCUGCGGUAUCCCAGAUGUGGUCACCGAUGGCUUCAUCGACGCCCUCAGCCUGUCUCAAUAG